UAGAGGGUUUUUGGUUUCUCAAACCUUCUUUGCCGUUUUAAACCUCCCAAACACAAUUAACACUCCACUUCUUCUCUCCUCUCCUCUUCUCCUCUUCGCAGCACCAAAACAAUGGCGAUGUCUCCUAAACAAGAAGAAGAAGAAGAAGAAAGAGAGCUCUCCGGUAGCGAAGACGACGACGUUUUGGACGAGGACAUGGAAGCCCUAAGGCGUGCCUGUAUGAUCACCGGCACCAAUCCCGACGAUGCCGCCGCCGCCGCCGCAGGAGGAGGAUCCAACUCCGAUGAGGAUGAAAACGCUGAUGAAGACAACGACGGUGAAGACCUUGUGUUGCUUCAGAACAUUCGGAAUCGGUUCUCAAUUCCCUCCGUUGCGUCCGAGCCUCUGUCGAUGAAGCCGCUUUGCACUUUGCCGCUGAGUAUGUCCGAUGAGGAAGGGGACGACGAUUUCGAGACCUUGCGCGCGGUUCAGAAGCGCUUCGCGGCCUAUGAUAAUGAUGCUUUGAAAAAUUUCUCAGAGAAACAAGAACAGGUUUGUUGUAUGUCACCACAGAAGAAGGCUUCCAAUGAUUUAGUUGUUGAUACUUUUGAUGUUUGCAAAGGGCUUUUAGAUUCACAGUUUGCUUGUCAGACCACCCACCUUUUGGAUGACCAUUUGGAAGAGCCGCCUUCUACAUCCAUUGAGUGGCAUCAAACAGAUUCCUCAAAGCCAUCCACGUCUGAACCUAGCUAUUCAAGCUUCCCAAAGUCUGCAAAGGUGUUCAUGGAUGCCAUUAAGAAAAAUAGGUCCUUUCAAAAGUCUUUGCGAAGUAAGCUGAUUCAGAUUGAAGCAAAAAUUGAGGAGAACAAGAAGUUGAAGGAGCGUGUUAAAAUCCUCAAAGACUUUCAGAUUAAUUGCAAAAGAAGGACAGGACGGGCAUUAUCCCAGAAGAAGGAUUCUCGUGUUCAGUUAAUUUCAGUAAAAAAGUCAUUGCCCUCUAAGGAUUCAAAGGUUCAUGAGAAAAAGAUCCCUGCCAUGUAUUAUGGACCAAUAGAAAAUUCUCAUGUUGCAAAUUAUAGAAUCGCUUCAACACAGUUACCACUAUCAUUAGAGCGUAAAAAAUGGUCAGAGGUAGAGAAGAAAAAUCUUGAAAAGGGAAUUCGACAGCAGUUUCAAGAGACGGCACUUCAAAUCAUGCUGGAUCAAUUGAGUGGUACAGGGGAAUCCUCUGGAAACUUGAAUGAUCUUGAUAACAUUUUAUUAUCAAUAAAACAUCUCGACAUCACCCCAGACAAUAUGAGAGAAUUUUUGCCCAAGGUUAAUUGGGAACAAUUGGCUUCCAUGUAUGUUGCGGGACGUUCAGGUGCUGAAUGUGAAGCGAGGUGGUUGAACUUUGAAGAUCCUUUGAUCAAUUGUAACCCAUGGACUGCCCAAGAGGAUAAAAAUCUUUUGAUUCUUGUCCAGAAGAAGGGGAUCAGUAACUGGUUUGACAUUGCUGUAUCGUUGGGAACAAACAGGACUCCUUUUCAGUGCUUGACACGUUACCAGAGGAGUCUGAAUGUUUCCAUAUUGAAAAGGGAAUGGACCAAGGAUGAGGAUGCUAAGCUUCGUUCUGCUGUUGAAGCAUAUGGUGAGGGUGAUUGGCAGUUUGUGGCUUCGGUUUUGGAAGGGUGGACUGGUACCCAAUGCUCCAACAGGUGGAAAAAAUCACUCCAUCCAACCAGGGAAAGAGUAGGCAGGUGGACUCCAGAUGAAGACAAACGACUGAAAGUAGCUCAGAUGCUUUUUGGGCCAAGAAAUUGGAAGAAAAUAGCACAAUUUGUGCCAGGUCGGACAGAGGUGCAAUGCCGAGAAAGAUGGGUCAAUUCUCUAGACCCUUCUUUGAAUUGGGGCAAAUGGACUGCCGAAGAAGAUUCCAAACUAAGAGAAGCCACUGUAAAACAUGGACAUUGUUGGUCUAAGGUUGCUGCAGCUCUUCCAAGACGAACUGAUAAUAUGUGCAGGAGGAGAUGGAAGAGGUUGCAUCCUGAUGAAGUGCAUUUGCUUCAAGCCGCAAGGAAAAUGCAAAAAGCUGCUCUUAUAUGCAACUUCGUAGAUCGAGAGUCAGAGCGUCCUGCCCUUGGCCUUAACGAUUUUUGUCCACUAAUGAUAACCUCUGGCGAGAAAGUAAAUCAUUGUAAGGAACAGUCUGGAAAAUUAAGAAGAGGUCUAAUAUCUGGGAAGAAAAGAAUCAAACCUUCCUGCAAAGUUACAAAGAAUAGGAGAUCUAAGAAGUCGACGGAAAAUGCUCAAACAGGUACAGAGGAAGGCUUGGAGAUAAAUAAUCAUGAUGAGGUUGAAACAUUUGAUGAGCCAGAAGCUACUAUUGAGCAAGGUUCAGAAAAUAAUAAUUCGACGAAACCUGGACAGGAUCAUCCACCAUCUCCUCAGAUCAGCUCAGAAAAUGGAAAAGGACUAACUGGACCUGAUGGUAAGAGGAAAAAACAAUCUCGCAAACCGCGUUCUACAAGGAAGGAACAUACUGAACCUGAUGAAGUAAGGGAAUGUCUUCCCUUGCAACCUGAAAGUUUGAAUUUAACAAGUAACGGUGAUGGGAUUGAGCCUCUAGCUGAGACCAAUACUACUUCGACUGACACAAGAGGAGUUUCCAAGAGAAAAUAUAGUAAGAAUGUUCGCACUACAAACUUGGAAAAUAAUAAUUUGAUGAAACCUGGACAGGAUCGUCCAUCAUCUCCUCAGAUCAGCUCAGAAAAUGGAAAAGGACUGACUGGAGCUAAUGGUAAAAGGAUGAAACAAUCUCGCAAACCGCGUUCUACAAGGAAGGAACAUACUGACCCUGUUGAAGUGAGGGAAUUGCUUCCCGUACAACCUGAAAGUUUGAAUUUAACAAGUAACAGUGAUGGGAUUGAGCCUCUAGCCAGGACCAAUACUAUUUUGACCGACACAAGAAGAGUUUCCAAGCGAAAAUGUAGUAGGGAAGUAUCUGAAAAUAAUAAUUUGAUGAAACCUGGACAGGAUUGUCCAUUAUCUCCUGAAAUCAGCUCAGAAAAUGGAAAAGGACUGAUUGGACCUGAUAGUAAAAGGAAGAAACAAUCUCGCAAACUGCGUUCUACAAGGCAGGAAGAUUCUGCACCUGCUGUGAGGGAAUGUCUUCCUUUCCAACCUGAAAGUUUUAAUUUAACAAGUAACGGUGAUGGGAUUGAGCCUCUAGCUGGGACCAAUACUAGUUUGACCAACUCAAGAAGAGUUUCCAAGCGAAAAUAUAGUACGAAUAUAAGCACUACAAACUCGGAAGAACUCCAGAGUACCACUGCGCAUUCUGGAAAGUCAUUGCUAACAGGAACUGAUGAUGUCAAACAUCAGCGUAAUGGUUCAUCUUGCAUGGACACAACGCAGUUACUGAUGACUAAUGUUGAAGAUGUUACAUUAGAUGGAAACACACUCUGCAACGGGAAAAAAGGUACUGAGCCGGCUGGAGUUUUUGAGGAUGUUUUACCUGUUCCUCCACAAGACAAUGAGCUGCAAAAGGUAAAACCUAGAACUAGAGGUACUUCUCAUUCGGAUCAGAAUUUCGGCAGAGCAGAUGAUGAGAUUCUACUUGUCCGCUCCACAAGCAAGAAACUAAAGAGGAGAAAACUUUUAGUUAAUGAUUGUCAGAAUAAAACCUCAUUAUCUCCGUCGGUCAUACAGGAGUCAGAGUUGUUUCCAGUAGUUACGCUUCAUGAUGGAAAUUCAGUGUUGUCUGCCAUGCAAGAUGAUGAGUUAACGUGCUGUGAUGGUGGGACUUCUGAAAAAUUGUCAGCUUGCAACAGAGAGUCCAGUCUUUUGCUGGAACAAUGUACUGCAGUGCCUACUGAAAAUGAGCCCGGAAGUGAAAAUCUAGUUGGAGGACAGACAGUUGCCUGUGAGGAGCUGGUGAAGGAAAUGGUUAGUGUUGACGCACAAAGUGGUAAUAAUGAUGAUGACACUUCUUUAGCUUCCUUAGUGCAAAAGAAAUUGAAAAAGGAGCGCCAAACAUCCAAGAGGGGUACUCGAGCCUGUCUGCCCUCCAGUUUGAUAAGGGGAUCUCAAUUGCUUUCCAAAAGAGUAAACCAACUUCAGGACGGAGACUAUACAUCCUCUGUUCCCAGUGGACUAGAUCCACUCACAGGACCAGAGGUGGCUUUUGAUAAACAACAAAGGGAAGAGGCAGAAGAUGACAACGUGGUCGGUGAUAUGACUCUUUCUUGUUUUGUGCAAAAUAAAUCAAAAAAGAGGCGGCUACAAUCUACCGAUAAGUAGUUCUUAAGUGUGCUGUUCAUUCUACGCAGUAAGGUUGGAGUAUAUAAAUGUGCAAGUGAAACUUCUUUUAUAGUGGCAUUGCUUAGAAACUGGCUGAAAUUGGUAUUUAUCUCGCGCUGGAUUUUAUUUGGUGAGAGAUGAUAGUCCCUCUCCAUAAUUCACAGAUCAAUUUCCCUCCAAGAGUUCGGGUUUGUAUAUAGAGUUGAGUUAGGUUGGUAUAGAGAGUUUUGAGUUAUUUGUGACAAACAAAGAAAUGAGAUUAUUGACUACGGUAUACAUUCAAUUUCUAAAUUAGUUUCCCUGCUCCAAAUAAAGACGGUGGAAAAAGUUCAAAGAGAAUGAUAAGAGGUAGAGCGGAUGUGCAUAUACUUUGCUUCCUGAAGAGAGAAAUUUUGAUGAGUUAAGGCUGUUUAUUAUUGGUUUUAUAU